AGCAACGACUUCUACAAAGUCGUCGUCGACAAGCGUCCCCUCUCCUACGUCGCGCCGCCCUUCCCAUCCCUCUAUUGGCCCUUUCCUUUUCGCGGUGUUCAAACAAACUACCUCUACGACCCAUACGACAUCUUCCUCUUUACGCUCUACUGGACUUUGAUCUGCGUGGUCGGUGUGCAUCUUGUCGCGGCGGGUUACGCGUGUCUGGUCCAGUAUCGUAAUUGGAAGGUCAUCUGGGUCGCCCUGAUUAUUUUCGGAAUUGUCGGAGGAAUUCAGGCGGUCAUUGCCGGCAGCAUAGUAGGGGGCCUACUGAGCGCGGUCUACACGGCGGGAUAUUUCAAGAUGUCGACCUGGAUCCCAUUCUCAUGGGGCGUGGCCAAUGCUCUCGUAUUGAUCAUAUCUUCGUUUGCAAUGCAAGGAGGGUUAUGA